GUCACAUACUUUCCCUCAGAGUUGCAGUAUUUUCGCUGGACCCUGUAGGUUUUAACCUGAAUUUCUUCAGUAUCCCCCCCCCCCCCCAUUGUAUAUGCUAGGAAUAAUGCUGACACCUACAUCAUGCAUAUCUUUUUUUUUCAUUACGCACUCUGCUACACUCGCAAUGUAUAAUAAAAUAUUCCAUUCAUUUCUAACAUAUGUAGUACGCAAUCCCCUACCAAAUGUCACUUCAAAUACAGGACAUCUCUAUCUUUAAAUAAAUUUGAGCUGUACUUAAGUGUGAAACUGUCCCUUGCUACCAUGAAACUUAUAUUUUGCUUUAAAACAUAAACCAACAAUUCUUAAUUGUAAUUUCUUUUCAUCUUUAAAAAGGGUAUUGACAUCCCAAUAUUUAGUGGGGAGUUCCCAGGUAUCGUUCGCUAGUGACAGUCUGCUGGCAAAUCCAGACAUGCGAUGGAAGGAUGCUGAUGUGAAGGACACCGAGACACCUGAUCCAAGAACUAUGGCAUUUCAUUCAGAGUGUCAACUUGACAUUCAGUUGAUAUGGGACCCGAUUAGUCAGAGAACUGCAGAUUUUAUGAAGCUGUUUUUGACAGAAGAUUUGGUUUUCUCCAUCUGUAUUGCCACCAACCAUUAUGCUGAGAUGGUCAUAUCUCGAGGGAAGGAUUGUCAUUAUGCUUCCCAAGGAAAUUCGCAUCCUCUCACUGAAGAGGAAUUGUACAGAUUUUUGUGCAUUAUCUUAUACAUGUUUGCUGUGAAGCUCCAGUCGAUAGACAGAUAUUGGUCAAUGCAUGCCGCUAUCAGAACAACCAAAUACAGUGUAUCAAGAAUGAUGUCUAGAAAUAAGUUUUAAGAGGUUGAAUAUAAGAACAUUUUUGUUAAAUAUGAUGCAAGUACAUUUAAAUCUAGUGAUUGAAAGUAAGUACUUGAACAUUCGUAUACGUUGAACUUGCAGAGGAAAAACGGGUAGUACUUUUUGAAAACAUUUGAUAAGGUGCUGUUGCUUAGCAACCAAAUAUA